CGCCACUUCUACGCACCGAGAACAAGAUUAGCAACAGCCAUGCACCGAACCGCCGUCGCUCGUCAGACGGCGAGCCAUACCUACUGCAGUGCGAAAUGGGCGGACUACAUCACCGCCACUCGAGCUCGUCGUUCACUGCUGCAGCAAGGAAUGGCCGGCCCACGAUGUCCUAGCAAUGUACGGCUGCUAUGUAGCACACCGUGCAUACGAGCGAACGAUAACUGGAAGAGUAGCGGCUUCACUCCACGGCCACCACCGCGGCGGCCAUUGCCGUCUCUCGCGGGUCCCCCACGAGGGCCACCUCCGUUUUCUCCCUUCCAACGGCAACAACAGCAGCAACAACAGCGGGACGCCGUUGACCAGAAGGAGCAGAAUUCGCCGCUUCAGCAGCCUGAAACACCACCACAACCCAAAGCAGUACCAGGAUGGCGAGCUCAGCUGGAAAGCCAACAGCAGGCGCGAAACAGUCGCGGCAAAACGGGGUCGCCAUCCCCCGCUUCAGCCGGUGCCACGCCGGUCGAACCCGAGCGACCGAUGAACGAACGCAUCCCAUACCCCACCAUCAUCCUCGUCUCCAUCACCGGCGAAAACCUCGGCCCAAAACCGCUCACCGAAGCACUCACAACAUUCGAUCGCGCAACAGCCGAUCUCGUCCUCGUCAACACGAAGCUGGACCCACCAUUAUGCCGCGUGAUGCCAAAAGACAAAGCAAAAGCACGCGCAAUAAAAGCGGGUCUAGCGGCGUUCGAGAAACCGGUGCGAAACGCCAAAAUCGCAAAGGAGGUGGAAGGGAAGGUGGUGGUGGUGGACGUCGAGACAGGGACCACGAAAGGCGUGAUGUCUGUCGACGACGCAUUGAAGGAUCUCAAACUCGACACCUACACACUGCUGCUGUACUCCCAGGGCACCGUACCCAAAUCCUUCCCCAAAGCGACCGUCGAACCACCAGAGAACGGCGCGGUCGUGUACAUCGUCUCCCACGACGAGCAGGACCGCCUACGCGCCGAAGGCCGCUCCUCCUCCUCCUCCUCGAAAUCCAAAUCCAAAUCCGGGAACGCAUCCAACAACGUCGUAAAAGAGAUCGAACUGGGCUCAACCAUCUCCGCGCACGAUCUGCAGAUCAAGCUCGCCAAGGCGCGGCAGUUCCUUGAAAGUAAACAUCGGCUGCAGAUUGGAAUUGUGCAGAAACGCGGCGCGCCAAAAGGAGCGGUCCAGACGCUGGUGAAGAGUGUCCGGCAUGAGUUGAAGGGGUUUGGAACGGUGGUGAAUGAGCAGGAGGCGGAGAAUGGGAGAAAGACGUUGUUGGAUUAUACGCCGGGGCCGCCGAAGAAGAAAUGAGCGGGACUGGAUUUGGCAACCCUCUGUCGAAGCCCGCGCGUCCUUGGCCCAAAGUUUCAUAUUUGCCAGCCAUUUGCCCGCUUUUCUCGGGGUCAAAAAAGCUGUUUGUAAAUACGUCGAAUACACUGCGGCGUGGGAAGGGAUGGUUUACAUCCGUGAUGUGCGACGCAUUUCAGUAUGCAAAGUGAAGUCAGUAUGCAAAGUUCAGUAUGCAAAGUGAAGUCAGCCCUGUUGCGUGUGGGAUUCAAUUCAUCCCACGAACAGUUUUCCAAUACUUGUGUCUCGAAGUUUCCACGCAGCACAGGCAGCACAGGCAUGUCACGGAGCAGCGCAUCCGGCACGCAGAAGACGCAAGACGCUGCCAAGGCAAAACAAUGAGCGGAUGGUGACCCCGCCAGACAAUA